AUUUCACAGUCCACUUUGACCUAUUGUUUUACUGUUCACUGGAAGCCAUGAUAAUAUUCUUCUUAGUUUUUCUUGGAUUACUGGUUCUUGCAAAGUUCUUGUAUAAAUCAUGGUGGUAUCCAAUUUCCCUACAAAAUUUGAUGAAAUCACAAGGAAUUAGAGGUCCAUCUUACAAGUUUCCAAAUGGGAAUGACACAGAAAUUAGAGACAUGGAAAUGAAAUCAAACACUGGUCCCAUGGAGCUAACACAUGAAAUAUUCCCCAGGUUACAGCCUCAUUUCUACUCAUGGAUCAAACUAUAUGGAAGGAUUUUUCUUUUUUGGCAUGGUUCUCACCCAGAAUUGGUUGUAACUGAUGUUGACUUGAUCAAAGAAAUUCUUAGCAACAAGGAGGGUUCAUUUCUUCAGCAUAAACUUGCUGGUCCUUUAGAGGAUUUAUUUGGGGAUGGACUUCCUUUUUCAGAAGGUCAGAAAUGGUCUAAACUUAGAAAAGUGGCUGAAAUUGCUUUCCAUGCACAAAGCUUGAAGGACAUGGUUCCAACAAUCAUUGGAAGUGUGGAAGAAAUGUUGAAAACAUGGAAAUCUUAUGAAGGUAAAGAGAUUGAAGUGUACGAAGAAUUCAGGCAGUUGAGCUCAGAGAACAUCGCAAAAACUGCUUUUGGAAGCUGCUACUUGGAGGGGAAGCAUAUUUUCCAAAGAUUGGACAGAUUAUCUAUCCUCGUUUACAUGAACAUCGGAAAGACAAGGAUUCCUGGAAUCGAUAAAAUUUUCAGGACAUCUGAGGAUAAAGAAUCAGACAAGCUCGGAGAAGCUCUUCGUGAGUCGUUCAUGUUAUUGAUAAGGGAAAGAGAAGAUAAUGUCAAGACAGGACAAGCAGAGAGCUAUGGAAGUGAUUUUCUUGGAUCACUCUUGAAGGCUCAUCAUGAUUCUGAUGUGAAAACAAGGAUCUCAGUGGCCGACAUCAUCGAUGAAUGUAAAACAUUCUAUUUUGCUGGGCAUGAACCAACAACUAUUGUACUAAGUUGGGUUGUUCUUCUCCUAGCAAUCAACCCUGAUUGGCAACAGAAGGCAAGAAAGGAAGUACUUGAACUCUUCGGCCAAGAAAAUCCAAAGACAGAUGGCAUUUCAAAACUAAAGAUUCUAGGAAUGAUAAUAAAUGAGACUCUGAGGCUUUAUCCACCGGCGUUAUAUAUCAUGAGAAGUGUUACAAGAAAAGCAAGACUGGGAGAAUUUACACUUCCAGCAGGAAUUGACUUGCACAUUCCCCCUUUAUCAGUUCACAAGAACCGUGAAGUAUGGGGAGAAGAUGCUCACAUUUUUAAUCCAGACAGAUUUGCUGAAGGUGUGUCUAAAGCAACAAGGGACCAGUUGAUGGCUUUCUUAGCCUUCGGAUUUGGUCCUCGAAAAUGUGUUGGCUCGAGUUUUGCAGUUAUGGAGAUCAAGAUAGCACUUUCUAUGAUCUUGCAGCGUUACAAGUUCACUCUUUCACCAAAUUACAAUCACUUGCCCACUGUGAUCCUCAACCUCCGCCCUAAACACGGAGUCCAGAUCAUGCUUCAUCCACUGCAAAAUUAUUAAAUGUUGAAUUGUAUUGUAUCGUUACUUUAAAAUGUUUGUUUCUAUUGUUAUUUUGAACGUCGUAUUAUAUUGUUAAAUGCAUCAAUGAAAAGUCCCAUUUA